ACGUGAGCCGGUUCCAAGAUGGCGGCAGGGGUGGCCGGGUGGGGGGUUGAGGCAGAGGAGUUCGAGGAUGCGCCUGAUGUGGAGCCGCUGGAGCCCACGCUUAGCAACAUCAUCGAGCAGCGCAGCCUUAAGUGGAUCUUCGUCGGGGGCAAGGGUGGCGUUGGCAAGACCACCUGCAGCUGUAGCCUAGCGGUCCAGCUCUCCAAGGGGCGGGAGAGUGUUCUUAUCAUCUCCACCGACCCAGCCCACAACAUCUCCGAUGCGUUUGACCAGAAGUUCUCCAAGGUGCCAACGAAGGUCAAAGGCUACGACAACCUCUUUGCCAUGGAGAUUGACCCCAGCCUGGGCGUGGCCGAGCUGCCUGAUGAAUUCUUCGAGGAGGACAACAUGCUGAGCAUGGGCAAGAAGAUGAUGCAGGAGGCCAUGAGCGCCUUCCCGGGCAUCGACGAGGCCAUGAGCUAUGCAGAGGUCAUGAGGCUGGUGAAGGGCAUGAAUUUCUCGGUGGUGGUGUUUGACACGGCACCCACAGGCCACACGCUGAGGCUGCUGAACUUCCCCACCAUCGUGGAGCGGGGCCUAGGCCGCCUCAUGCAGAUCAAGAACCAGAUCAGCCCCUUCAUCUCUCAGAUGUGCAACAUGCUGGGCCUGGGGGACAUGAAUGCAGACCAGCUGGCCUCCAAGCUGGAGGAGACACUGCCCGUCAUCCGCUCCGUCAGCGAGCAGUUCAAGGACCCUGAGCAGACGACCUUCAUCUGCGUGUGCAUCGCCGAGUUCCUGUCCCUGUAUGAGACGGAGCGGCUGAUCCAGGAGCUGGCCAAGUGCAAGAUCGACACGCACAACAUCAUCGUCAACCAGCUCGUCUUCCCUGACCCCGAGAAGCCCUGUAGGAUGUGCGAGGCCCGCCACAAGAUCCAGGCCAAGUACCUGGACCAGAUGGAGGACCUGUAUGAAGACUUCCACAUUGUGAAGCUGCCGCUGCUGCCCCAUGAGGUUCGGGGGGCGGACAAGGUCAACACCUUCUCUGCCCUCCUCCUGGAGCCCUACAAGCCCCCCUGCGCCCAGUAGCACUGCUGCCAGCCCUAGCUGCUGCCGUUUUACACCCACCCUCCACCCCCACUGGGGCAGAGUUUGCACAAAGUCCCCCCAUAGUACAGGGGGAGCAACUUGGGGGGCAGGAGGCGGGGAGGGGGUCUGUUCCCCCUGGUGGGGUCAGGGGGGCUGUAGCUGCCCCCCACCUCUCCCUGCCUCUUGCCCCUCAAUAAAAUGAUCUUAAACCAC